AUGCUGUCUUCAAAACCCUCACGAUCCGGUUCUUUCAAAAGGUCAAGAGACAUUUCAGACUCAGCUGUCGUUUCCAGUCCUCCGUGCAAAAAACACACCAACGACGAUACUCAGAAUUUAUUACUACGAGAUCAAUCGAGAUCGCCUCUUAAACAAUUUAAUUUGGAUAAUCUCACGCCCUUAGCCACUCCAACUAAGGCACCCAACCCGCAAUCCUUUACCUUUGGCGAAGCCAACACACCCCGUUCGAAAAGUCCAUCGCUAGAAAAUCAUUUCUCUGACCUAAAGUUAUGGGUCCCCGGAAAAGUCUCUAACGUCACAAACAAAUUCAAAAUCACCACUUUUACUCAUCCUAUCUUCACAACUCCAGAAAUCGUCGAACGAAUUCUGAGGUUUGUAGAUGCCCAAUCUAUUAUUCCGCGUGAGAAGCCCCGUCACCGGCGGAAACCUCAAUCGUUGUCUCACGCGCUUGUGAUAUGCGAGGGCGAUGAAGAAAAGGCCCAAAAGCUAUGGACUGAAUCUACGAAAUCUGAUAUUCGCAACGCCGUGACGAAAGACGCAGCCCUUCAUAAUUGCUUAUCAGUGAACAAACUAUGGCACGAUAUUGCAUUGAGUAUUGUAACCGAAAAUUUGUACUUUACGGAUUCCAAAAAGGUUCGCAAACUUGCCACUAGUCCGUCAAGAUCCCGAACUAUGUUUUCGAAGCCUUCGGCAUUCGUCUUACACAAGCUAAGUAAACUAACCCAGGACGACUUGAAUGCCGUUGCGCCCAUCGUAUCAUCCGAACGCUUGAAAUGGAUCGAACUUUACAUUUGCCCGAAAAUAUUACCCCCAGUACCUAUAUUCCAACAAUCACGAAACGUAGAGAAAUUGGUGCUUCCUGGUAACCGAUAUGUCGACGACGAGUUCCUCAUGAAGAUCGCGCCACAUUUGACAAAAUUGAAGGUACUGGAUUUGCGAGCUUGUGACAAGGUCUCCGAUGGAGGGGUUUUAUCAAUCACCACCAACUGUCCUUUGCUUGAAGUGUGCAAUUUAGGCAGACAUCGCAACGGGGAGGCUAUUACCAGUGUUUCACUUAUUGCACUUGCUCGAAACACCCGAGUGGAUACCGUGGGAGCCGCGGGGUGCCAUAUAACGGAUGCUGGCAUCUGGGAACUUGCUAUGCAUCGAGGCCCACGCAUCAAAAGACUCUCGCUCAAUAAUUGCAAGCUGCUUACGAACAACUCUGUUCCUACUUUACUUGCGCUAAAGUAUUUUCCGCAACUUUCUGUCCUGGAGAUCAGAGACGUGAAGCAUCUUACCAAUGUACAGCCGAUUGUUGCGUACGUUAGAGCUAAGCGGGCUCGUGGUAUUCCCGUACUCGUCGAAGGCGGUGAGAGGAUUGAUCUACUGAUGAAAGAAGUAGAGUUUAGAAUGGAACAGGAACAUUCAGCGAGAGUACUUGCCGCUUUCACGGAAUGGGUAAAUGACGAAGAAUUACAGUAG